UAUUUAUAUCACUUUAAAUAAGGAUCGACAAAAAUAAACGUUUACUUAAAUUACAGUUGUCCUAAAACAAAUAAUACAAAUGAAAGAUUUGUGUAACAAUUCUGGAGACGAAAACAAUGCUUCUAAAAAAUCAUUUCCGUACCCAUCAUGUUACAAUGACGAGCAAAGAAUUCAUGCGUUAAUGGCGCCUUUCCGCGAACGUCAUGUAAAUCCAGAAAACUAUGAUUCGAAAUUGAAAUUUUGGGAAAACUGUAUAUUCUUGUAUUGUGAGUUUAAAGGUGAACCCAAGUUCAAUAAAAAAGAAUUACAAGAUGUGCUUUCAAAAGGGGUGCAUUCUAUUUAUGCCCUAGAUACAGUUGUGGAUGGAAUGAUAAGUUCAAAAAAAAUACGAUCUCUUCCUGAAUAUAUGUAUAAUCCUAAUGAUGGUUGGAAAGGUUGGAUUAUAAACAAUUUUAUACGAAAACCAUUAGCUUGGGGUGCGCACAAAUUCAAAUCUAAUUUUAAACAAUUUCCUGAAUUGAAUUCAGAUGUACAGUAUUUUGUACAUUUACAUACUUUAGAUAAUUUUUGCAAGGAUUUGGAAGUUAAAACUCUUCAACAACAACAAGGCAGAUUGGUUUCGUAUAAUGAUUUUAAAGAAUUGGUGAAUAGUUCCUUGUGUCUUUCUGAAGAUGGAUUAAAACUAUGUUUAUACACUUUAUAUGGACGUGAAAAAAUUGGUUUAAAAUUUUCUUCUCCAAAUGAUGUACUAUACAUUCAUUUUAUUAAAAUACCAUCUAGUUCGGAUGAUAGUAUCAAUAUCACAGAAGCUGAUCUUGCUUCAUAUAACUUAAAAGUUUGCCAAGGGAAAUUAUUACAGCAAAUAAAUGAAUUGGAAUCGGAAGUAAAACAAAGUGAAAAUAAAGUGUUAGAAUAUAUUAGCCAAAAUAGACGCUAUCUUGCAGAACCACAUUUAAGAAAGAAACGUUUCUUGGAAAAUAAAUAUAAAAAGAGAUGUUCUGCUUUACAAAAUAUCGAGACGUUACUUAAUAAUAUUGCCGAUGCAAAAACGAAUAGUGAAAUACUUCAUGCUUACCAAUCUGGGUCUAAAGCAUUGCAAACCACUCUUAAGGAAUCAGGUCUCCAAUUUGAAAAAAUUGAUGAUAUUAUAUCCGAAGUCCGAGAAACAAUGGAAAAUUAUGAAGACUUGCAGGAUUCAAUAUCUAAUAUAAAAUUAGGUCAUUCAGACAUGGGUGAAACUAUUGGCGAAGAUGAACUGGAAGCUGAACUGAAUAUUUUAAUAAAUAAAAGUCAAUCCGAAGAAAAUGUUAAAAAUGAUACAGAUAUUAAAAUGGCUACAAAGCAAAUAAAUAUAUGCAAUGAAGAUCUAUUCUCAAUGCUCAAAAACUUAGAUGUUGAAAGCAAUUCCCCGCAAAAUACCGCAAGUAAAGGUCGUGUUUUGAUUAAUAAAAAUGACUGACUAAAUAAUUUUUUUUAAUUCUCCUGCAUACUCUAAAUUAAAAUCUUUUGUUAAUAAGUUUGAUACAAUCUUGAUUUGUUUUUGUAAAUAAUGUAAAAAUCAGAAAUUGAAUUGACAAUUUUUUAAAGGAAGUGUUAUAUUGAGGAAAUAAAAUAGCCAUGCAAGCACAAAUUUUGAAUUAAAU